UAUAUGGACAUAUAUAACGGUGGUGAGAUAGCGAUAGUUAGCACAACGUCAACGGGCUCGUCACAAUGAAGUUCGCUUUGGUUCUCGUUGUCUUCACCGCUUGCCUGCUGGGGACAUGCCUCUCCGAGCCCGCCCCAGCUCCCAAAGCCUUCCCUGAAGCUCUUGCCGAAGCAUUUGCCAAAGCCUACCCUCAAGGCGCUGUGACAGACCUGUUGGGCGGCCUCAGUACGCUUCUGCAGAACCUCCUCGCCGCUCUGCUGGGCGGUGGCAUGGCCGCCAUGAUGGGCGGUGGUGGCGGUGAUGGCGGCGAUGGUGGUGAUGGCGGCGGCGGAUCUUGUGACUCUUGUGGAAGCUGCGGAUGUGGAUGUUGCAUCGAGACGUGUUUCGGUGGUUAUGGCGGAUAUGGUGGAUACGGUGGCUACCCUUACUACGGUUAAACCCGACGAAGAAUUGAAGACAAUUUAAAUUACAGUGACGGUUCGAAAUCUGAAUCGUAUUCCAUCAGAUAUUUUGAUGGUAAAAAAAAAACAAUCGUGGCAAGUGAAACUAACUGUUUAAAUCUGAAAUAAUCGUUAUAUUACGGGUAAACUGACGUAGUGUACUCUUAAUAUUAACUAAUCUGUAAUAAACAUAAAGAGAAAUAGUUGGACUUUAGAAAACCAACUUAAUUACUUUCUUGUAAAAUCGUUAACAUGUUCGAUAUUAAUGUCUGUCAUUAAAGCCCCCGUUUAUGACUAAAUUCUUGGUAUACAAAUUUUAUAAUAAACUAAACAAAUUGUAUUCUGUAUGUUUUAAUGAAACCUCAAACCAAUAUAUAUCCUUUUCUAACAAUUUAAAAUAAUGAAUAGAUUUUAUAAUGUAUCAAUAAAUACAUGUAUAACGAAUUACACAUCCUCAUACUAAACAACAAUAAAUAACCAUAUAAACACUACUAAACUACAACUCUUUUCAAUGAACAUGUACAACACUAAACGAACAAAACUAUUUUCAGACGAAUAAUCAUAUACUUAUUACAGGUCAAGAUUUUUAUAACCAUGAUAUUAAUACGAUUCCCCAAAAGUUAGGCAUUCAAUUUAGGGUUUUGGCAAAAACUCGGCAAUUUCCUUUGUAUUCCUUCUGCAUUACUUUGAUUCAUCUGGAACUGGAUUGUCUGCUAGAACUCCAAUCUUAAAUUAUUAUCCUAGUCACCCUUGUUAUUGUCCGAAUGUAACAAUGUUGAUGUUACAGGGGACAUGCCUCUCCGAGCCCGCCCCAGCUCCCAAAGCCCUUCCUGAAGCUCUUGCCGAAGCGUUUGCCAAAGCCUUACCUCAAGACGGCGCGGUGGGCGGUCUGUUGAGCGGCCUCAGUACGCUUCUGCAGAACCUCCUCGCCGCUCUGCUAGGCGGUGGCAUGGCCUCCAUGAUGGGCGGCGGUGGCGGCGAUGGUGGUGACGGUGGUAACGGUGGAUGCGAUUCUUGCGGAGGUUGUGGUUGCGGAUGUUGCAUUGAAACGUGUUUCGGUCCUUACGUACACGGUUAUGGACAUGGCCAUCCUUUCUACUAUUAGGUUUAACUGAUUAGAUUGUAAAAGAGCGAUAAAUGUCUUUCAUUAGAAAUAUGAAAAGUUGGGCAUGAAGUCCAAAACGAGAAACAUUACAUAGAAGACUCUUACAAUACAUUUGUGUCAGUAGACAUUUCCAAUACAUUGUAGAGUGAUAUUCAUACAUUGUUAUAUUAUUAUAUUUACUUUUUUGAAAACUUGUACCAUUGGUUUAUUUUGUUACAUUACAUUGUAAGAACCUAUGGUACCACUUGUGAAUAUUAAAAACAAAUAGUGAUACACCUAUGUCAGAAAUUGUCUUUCAUAUAAAUACUUUGUAUUAUACAUAUAUAUAAAAUAUAAAACAAGGAUUACAACACA